UCUAGUUGGGGAAGAAGAGAGUAGCCAUGGCUCGAGAGCAACUCCAAGUGCUUAACGCACUUGAUUUAGCCAAGACCCAAUUGUAUCAUUUCACGGCCAUCGUCAUCGCCGGAAUGGGUUUCUUCACCGACGCCUACGAUCUCUUCGCCAUUUCUCUCGUCACCAAAUUGCUUGGUCGUAUCUACUACCACAAAGACGGUGCACCCAAGCCCGGAACGCUACCCCCUGGUGUCGCUUCUUCAGUCACCGGUGUCGCACUCGUUGGGACCCUCUGCGGUCAACUUUUCUUUGGGUGGCUCGGUGACAAAAUGGGACGGAAAAAAGUCUAUGGUAUGACAUUAGCCAUCAUGGUCAUAUGCUCCCUGGCCUCCGGUCUAUCGUUUGGAAAUGAAGCACAAGGUGUCAUGGCCACCCUUUGUUUCUUCCGCUUCUGGCUCGGGUUUGGGAUCGGUGGUGAUUAUCCGCUCUCRGCCACGAUUAUGUCCGAAUACGCUAACAAGAAAACCCGUGGUGCGUUUAUUGCCGCGGUUUUUGCUAUGCAAGGGUUUGGGAUUUUGGCUAGUGGGGUGGUAGCGUUGAUUGUGUCGGCCUCUUUCGACCAUGCAUUUAACGCUCCAUCUUACGCUACGGACCCGAUUGGGUCCACAGUCCCACAAGCGGACUAUAUCUGGCGAAUUAUACUGAUGUUCGGUGCGAUCCCUGCGGCCCUGACUUAUUACUGGCGGAUGAAGAUGCCGGAAACCGCUAGGUACACCGCUUUGGUGGCGAAGAACGCGAAACAAGCUGCCCAAGAUAUGGCGAAAGUUUUACAAGUUGAUAUUGAAGCCGAAGACCAGAAGGUAGAGAAGAUAGCUCAGGAUACCAGAAACUCAUUCGGAUUGUUUUCGAAACAAUUUCUCCGGCGACAUGGUCUUCAUUUGCUCGGAACCACCAGUACCUGGUUCUUACUUGACAUUGCUUUCUACUCACAAAACCUCUUCCAGAAAGACGUCUUCACCGCCAUCGGGUGGAUUCCGGCAGCGGCCAAAAUGAGCGCCACCGGCGAGGUCUUCAAGGUGGCCAAAGCUCAAACCCUGAUUGCGCUUUGCAGUACGGUUCCCGGUUACUGGUUCACGGUUGCGUUCAUCGAUAUCAUCGGACGUUUUGCGAUCCAACUCAUGGGAUUCUUCUUCAUGACGGUGUUCAUGUUUGCUCUCGCCAUACCGUACCACCACUGGACCUUACACGACAACCAUCUUGGAUUCAUCGUCAUGUAUUCAUUAACAUUUUUCUUCGCCAACUUCGGCCCUAACGYCACCACUUUCGUCGUCCCUGCUGAAAUCUUUCCGGCAAGACUCAGAUCCACUUGCCACGGUAUCUCCGCCGCUGCCGGGAAAGCCGGUGCCAUCGUCGGAGCUUACGGGUUUCUCUACGCUUCCCAAAGCACCGACCCUAAAAAAACCGACCAUGGCUACCCUCCUGGUAUCGGGAUCAAGAACUCCCUCAUCGUUCUCGGCGUCAUCAAUUUCUUGGGGAUGGUGUUUACGUUUUUAGUGCCGGAACCAAAUGGCAAAUCGCUGGAAGAAUUAUCCGGCGAGAAUGAGGAAGAUGCUGAGCCGACGUCGACCACAGAUCAUCGAACUGUUCCUGUUUGAUUGAUUGAUUAAUUAAAUAAUGGGGUUGUCAUAGAUUAUGGGAUUUCUCGAACUAAUUACGACUUUGUGUUCUUUGUGGCUGGCGUAGGUAAGUAUGCUUUAUGAAUCACGAAAAGAUUCAGAAAAAAGGCUAAAUCAUGCAACGUUUACCUUUGUGUGCACGUAAUUAUUUCUUCUUUUUUCUUGUAUUUGUCUGAUUUUGUGUUAUAAAGUUGUAACAAUCUCGUAAAGUUGUAACGAUUUUGUUUUUAAUAUACCAUAAAAUUUAAAAGGUU